UUUUAUUUGAAAUUAAAAAAAAAAGUCAGAUAUCACCAUUGCUUUUGUAGUUCAACCAUUUUUCUCCAAUAUAUAUAGCCACAGUUAAAUGUACCCCACAUCUAAAAGAAUUAAAAUCUCCCGUUAAAAAGUAGUGUCCUAUAUUGUGUUAAACUAAUUAAAAUUUGACACGUUAAUUAAUUAUUUAUUUAAGAAAAAAUUAAACCUCUAAUUGAGUAAAUAAAAAUAGUUAACAUAAUAAAUAUAAAUUAAAUUAGUUGGUGUGUCAAAUUUUGAUUGGUUGGGUACUAAUUUUUAAUAGGGGAUGUUGAUUCCCUCCAACAAGCUCGGAUGAGCAACGUUAAUAAAUAGUAUAGAACAUUGGAGUUGCUUAUAUAUAGUGUUGCUAUAAAUGUCAUUACACACAAUUUAUUCACACACUUCUCUCCAAAAAAGAAAGCAAAACAAAAAAAGAAAAAAAUAACAAAUUGGUGUAAAAGAAAAAGAAAAAGGUGAUAAUUAAACUAUGGAGCUAAGGAUUACCUCAAGAGAAACUGUCAAACCAUCUUCCCUUUCGAAGUACCAUCUUCAACCCUACAAACUAUGCCUCUUCGAUCAGUUUACUCCCAUGACAUACGUCUCACUCGUCAUCUUCUACCGCACCCCUCUUCUUCACAACUCCAAUUCCAACCUAACCUACCUAAAAAACUCUCUCUCGGAAACCUUAAAUCUCUUCUACCCACUUUCAGGGAAGACCAAAGACAACCUCUACGUCGAUGACUUCGACACCGGCGUCGCUUACAUGGAGGCCGAAGUCAGUUGCAGCAUGGCCGAGUUUUUCAAGCUCGGCCAAACCAACUUGCUCAACGAGCUCGUCCCCUUUCCUCCACUACGCAAUGAAGUAGUGGAAGCUUCACCCAAAAAAGAAGUACUAAAUAUUCCUCAUGUUGUUGGGUUUCAAGUUAACGUUUUCGAAUGUGGCGGAAUAGCUUUGGGUACUUCUUUCAGCCACAAGGUAGCCGAUGCAGGAACCAUGAGCCAUUUUCUCAAGGCUUGGGCUACAAUAUCUUCUCGCCACCAUUCUGCUUCUUCUGAUCAGGAUGGUAUAAUAACCGGCCCUAACUGCUCCCACGCGUCCUUGGUUUUCCCACCUUUAAACUCGGUGCCUCAAAAAUACAAAACCACGACGGAAAAGAUGUGGUUCAACAAGAAAAGCUUAGUGACAAAAAGAGUUGUGUUUGACGAGAACAGCAUCGCAGUUCUUAAGGACUUGGCCAAGAGCGACCAAGUCCUUAGGCCGUCGCGCAACGAUGUGCUGACGUGUUUCAUCUGGAAACACGCCUCUAUUGCUGCAGCGACGGCCAAAGGAGGAAAAGCUAGGCCUUCUGUUGCAGGCCUAGCUGUGAACCUGAGGCCAAGAAUGAAAUCCAAAUUAGCUUUGGACAACUCUAUUGGGAAUCUCUUCUGGUGGACCAGAUCAGCAACUGUCCCAGACGUCCGUACAGUGGGGAUAAGUGAACUUGUGAGAGUGAUGAGGGAAUCGCUGGUGAGUUUUAAUGAGAGUGUGAAGAGAUCUGAGGAGAGCGAUGAUGUUGGUUUGGCCAUGGUUUCGGAGUACUACGAUGCAAUGGAAACUUGGUUUGAGUCGAGGGAAACGGACUAUUAUAUAUUCACGAACUGGAGUGGGUUCUACAGCGAGGUGGAUUUCGGGUGGGGUAAGCCGGUAUGGAUCGGGGCCCAUGGGGGAAUUGGAGGUGAGAGAUUUAUGAAAGUUCAGGUGUUGGUGGAGAUACCAGGUGGGAAGGGAGUGGAGGCGUUUUUGACAUUGGAAGAAGAUGAAAUGGUAGUUCUGGAAAAAGAUCCCAAAUUUCUGGAGUUUGCUUCUUUCAAUCCUCAAUAUGUUCCUGGCGGGGAUUAAUUAUAUAUUUAUCAUCAUUUGAUGACUGAUUUAAGAAGAAAGUAUUUUGUUAGUCAUAUAUAAUUAACUAAAUAGCCUCCAACUACUGUUUGAGAGUGGUAUCAUGUGUUUUUUUAGUGGAAAAGUGUGGUGUCAUAUGUUUAAUAAUAAUUCCAUGCCUAUGUAUGAAUAUUUUCCGUAUUAAUAACGUUUUCCUAUUGUAAAA